CCUAAACACAAUUCACCUCGCCCGCCAUGGGUCUAUUAAGAUCUGAGCCCAUGAAACAUGGAACGCUGGUGGUGCCCGUGGACCGUGCGCGUGAGUUUAUUGAUCUGAUAGGCAGAAAUACAAAGAUGCAGUUCGAGGACAUGAACGCCCGGGACAUGCAUCGCCCGUAUAAAAAGUACAUCCAAAGGAUAGAUGAAAUGGAGAGGAUCAUACGUUUUCUGGAGGAAGAGCUGACGAAGGUGCCUGGUGCAUCGCCGGUAAGGCACAAUGUGGAUGCUUUUUUGGACCACAGCGAUGAAUACAAGUUGGACGAUGUAGAGUCAAAACUACACAAGAUGCAUAAGGAGUUCAUCCAGUUCAAGGAGAACAAUGGGAAGCUCCUGGAGCGUCGGAACGCUGCACUGGAGGAGCGCUACGUGGUGCAGACCGCCAUGGCCUCCAUGGCACACGUGGCCUCCUCCCGGUCAGUGAGAAGUCCGGAGGAUCGCUUCGAGUUUGAGGCUUCCAGGUCCUUACUGGACGAAGAGGGAGGCACAUCUCGUCGAAGCCUCGAGACGAUGUUCAGCAACAUUGCAGGGGUGAUCCAUCAAGAAGAGCAGGACCGCUUUGCCCGCAUGCUUUUCAGAGCCACACGAGGCAAUACCUUCACCCACUUUCAGCAGAUAUUUGAGCCGAUGCGAGACCCAAAGACAGGUCGGCAAGUGCACAAGUCGGUAUUUGUGAUCUAUUUCCAAGAUCAUCGCAUGGGAUCUUCCGUGUCUGCAAUGAGCGAGAAGAUCAACAAGAUUUGCAGCUCCUUUGGGGUGAAUACUUAUCGAUGGCCCAGCAGCCGAAGUGCCGCAGAAGAGAUGGCGACAAAAUUGAAGGCGCAGGUGGAGGACCAAGAAAAGCUGUUGAAAGCCCAUGAGCACUUCGUGAAGAGCGAGGCUGCCUCCUUGCUGGAACCCGUGGACCGAAAUAGAGACUCCCUCAUUGAAGAGUGGAGGCUGUUCUGCAUCAAGGAGAAGUCCAUCUAUGCAACAUUAAACCUUUUCGAAGGCAACAUGAAUUUGAGGGCCAGCUGCUGGUAUCCUGAGGAGGACGAGGAUCGGAUCCGGGCAAUGUGCAUCCAGAACAGCUCAUCGCAGCAUGGACAUUCCAGUGCCAUGUUGGUGCCUGACAAGAUUCCUCCUCGGAAAUCACCGCCGACCUACAUAAGAGUCAAUGAGUUCACGGCCAUAUUUCAGGUUCUAGUGGACACCUAUGGGCUUCCGAGAUACCAAGAGGCCAACCCAGCGCUCUUUACAAUAGUGACAUUCCCAUUCCUUUUUGGCGUCAUGUAUGGCGACAUUGGACAUGGUCUAAUGCUGCUCUCGGUCGGACUUUAUGCAGUUUGGAAGUCGGACGAGUUGAAGUUCAGCUUUCCAGUGAUGCACGAAGGACGAUACAUCUUGCUGAUGAUGGGUAUUUUCGCAGUGUAUGCAGGCUUUCUGUACAACGACUUCUUCUCGAUUGGUCUGAGCCUUUUUGAGUCUCGCUGGACCCAGCCGGCCAUCUCCCCGGAGAAGAAGCCUGGAUCAGUGGUAGCGAUGCAGCCAACAUUUGACCAUGAGAAUCGAGGAGGGCCUGGUCCAUAUCCUUUUGGCCUAGAUCCUGCUUGGCACGGCGCACAGAAUGAGCUUGUGUUCUUGAAUUCCAUGAAGAUGAAGUUGGCAGUGGUCCUUGGGGUCACUCAAAUGCUGGUGGGUUUGUUUCUGCGCUUCAGCAAUGCCAUGUAUGAGAAAAACAAAGUCGACUUUGCGUGCGAAUGUGUACCAAUGAUGAUUUUCAUGAUUAGCUUCUUCGGUUUCAUGGAUUACAUGAUUCUCUACAAGUGGGUCACUCCUAUGGCGAACCCUCCCAGCAUCAUCAACUCCAUGAUCGCAAUGGCGAUGUGGUCGGAGGACUCCAACCCAAUGUUUGGUCAUAUCCUGCCGCAGAUACUUAUGGCGGUUUGUAUGUUGGCAGUCCCCUGGAUGCUGAUUCCCAAGCCCAUCAUCCUGAAUCGGCGACACCAGGUGCAGAAGAGACCAACCUCUCAGCGCUUCGGUGGCCCGGAUGGCAGAGGUGGGCAUAUGUCUUUAGAUGAGGAGUCUUUGCUUUCCGAGGAAGAGGAAGAGGAAGAGUUUGACCUCAUGGAGUGCGUAAUCCAUCAGGUUAUUGAGACCAUCGAAUAUGUCUUGGGCACUGUGUCUCAUACAGCAUCCUAUUUGCGUUUGUGGGCGCUGUCCUUGGCUCACCAACAGUUGUCUUUGGUCUUCUUUGGAAUGACUAUGCUGGGAGGAAUGUCUGCUCCGUUUCCGUUGAAUAUCUUCACCACGUACUUUGCCUUUGGCUCAUGGUUUGGUAUCACUGUUGGAGUCCUCUUGGGAAUGGAUGUCAUGGAGUGCUUCCUCCAUACUUUGAGACUUCACUGGGUGGAAUUCCAGAGCAAGUUCUACAAGGCUGAUGGAUAUGCCUUCGUUCCCUUCUGCCACAGGGAUAUCCUGCACAAAAAGACGGAUGAGUAGAAGUAACAGCUUGGACAGAGAACGCCAGUGCGUCAAGUGGUAGAGGCUCGAGUGGAUACAAAACGACCAGCUUGAAUACUUCCAGUGCAAUUGUGUCAGCAAGAUUUCAAGAAGUCAAAGC